ACAAGUUGUCCAGACAGAUGCUGUAACUAUGGAUGCCAUUGAUUGGUGGUCAACAUAUGGUUCACAAGUUCCAGAAUUAGCAGAAGUUGCACAAAAGGUACUAGCUCAACUAGUAUCAAGUUCAUCUACUGAAAGGAAUUGGAGUACGUAUUCAUACAUUCACAGUGUCAAGAGAAAUAGGCUGAAUGCUGAAAGAGCUGAUAAAUUAGUUUUUAUUCAUUCCAAUAUUCGUUUGCUUUCACGUUUCUCCGAAGGCUACAAUAAUGGAACUUAUAAGAGAUGGGACAUUAAUCCAGAAUCAACGGAAGUAGAUGAUUCGCCAAUGAGAUUGGAGGACUUGCGAUGGAGAAUGUUAGACGGAGACUAUGUUGAUGAGGAAGAAUCAUCGCGUACCAAGAAUACUUCAAGCAGACCUGUUCCACCCAUUCUCAAUACACAACCGAUUCGGCCAGGAACACAUCAAACUCAUAUAUCCAGAUUUGCAAGAGCAAGAGACUCAAGCGGCACUUCAAAAUAAGAACUUAGACAUGCGUGAUGGCCAAGCCUCCCACUGGGUUCCAGCCAUAAAAAAAAAAAUUACUUUUAAGCAUUAUUUUUCUUUGUUGGUUUGAAAAACUCAA